ACGCGGAUGUGAAUUACACCGAAUCAAAUGAACCAGAAGAUCCGGAUCCGAACGGAGAAAUAUCCGCGUUUAUCCUCGCAGAAUAAACCGAGCACGCGUGUGUGAAGGAUGCGAGAAGCAGAUAUUGUGUCCGGGGACGUCAAAUCCACCGAGCGAGAUGCCGAGGAGGUUCUGGAGAGCGGUCUGCUCCUGGACGAGUCCUGCUCUGGAAUACUGUACGCUGGACACACGGAGGAGUGGAGCGUCCAGCCGCACUCUAGUUUGAAUGACAGUGAAUCUGAGGAGGUUCUGAACGCCAUAAACCCGAACGAGAUGUACACGUCAGCGGUGUGUGAGAGCGACAGCGGUCUGUCUGAAGAUCAGUCCUCAGACGGAGCCCAGGAGCAGAACCUCGGGAACACCGUCUAUCAGGUGGUGUAUGACAUCAGCGGUGUGGGCGGAGUCUCGGAGCAGCAGACGCCACACAUGGACGUGAUCUCCAUCGAGCUGGACGAGUGGAGCUCUCAGAUGCUGCUGGAGGACUCGUGUGUGGUCAACGAGCUGGUGUCGUCUGUCAGAAUGGAGAACGCUUCUGCUCACGACGUGCAAAGCUUUCAGAGCCCCGAUGGUUUUCUGGUUUAUCCUGAACUCCAGCUCACAGAGGAGGAGCAGAAGCUGCUGGACCAGGAGGGAGUCUCACUGCCCAAUAACCUGCCCUUGACUAAGACUGAGGAGAGAAUCCUGAAGAAAGUGAGACGGAAGAUCCGGAAUAAGCUCUCGGCUCAGGACAGUCGCAGGAGGAAGAAGGAGUAUAUCGACGGUCUGGAGAGCAGGGUGGUGACGUGUUCAGCUCAGAAUAAAGAGCUGCAGAGAACCGUGGAGCAGCUGGAGAAGCACAACAUGUCUCUUAUGGCUCAGCUGCACAAACUGCAGGCUUUGAUCAAGCAGACGGCCACCAAAGCGGCUCAGACGAGCACGUGCAUCAUGAUCCUCAUCUUCUCUCUGGCUCUGCUCAUCCUCCCCAGUUACAGUCCGUUCAGCCGCUCGCCGUCUGUGGAGGACAGCUACGCCCCGGCCGCCGUGGUUUCCAGAAACAUCCUGAACGAGGUGGACUCUCUUCCGCUGCUGGAGGAUCCUGUAGAAGAUGAUCCGAUGUCUCCAGAGCCUCCGUCUCCUCCGUCCGAGCUCAGUCCUGCAGACGCAGACGCGCCGCAGCAGACGGAGGACCAGAGGAACGGCUCGGACCCGACUGAAGCAGACGCAGCCGUGCUGUCUGUGAGUUUAACGGCUCGGGCGGCUGCAGGAAACACAGACGCAGCCAAACCGCCGCACGCUGAUGAAAUGUGAGGCGACUCGAGCUGUUCAGGUGUGGCCAACCCCAGAGAGUUUCUCUGACAUGCCUGUAUUUAUUCUCUCUGAACACACACACACACACACACAGGUGUGUCUGCGUCCGCAGCGCUCUUCAUCAUCAGAUGAUAAUCAUUAUGAGCUUUAGUGAAGAGGCACAACUCAACAAUAAUCAUAUCAAUGUUUGAUUCAAGGGCUCUUCUGUUUGUGUGUUAGAGGCAUGUUUAGUGUGUUUUCAUUUUUACUCAUCUGACACGGAUAUAACUGCACACAUGUAAACAAGAUCACAGAUUUCUGAAGAUCAUGUGACACUGAAGACUGGAGGAAUGAUGCUGAAAAUACAGCGGAGCAUCACAGAAAUACAUUACACUUUAAUACAGAUUCACACAGAAAACAGAUGAUUUAGAUUAGAAUAUUAUUUCACAUUUUUACAGUUUUUACGGGAUUUUUGAACAAAUAAAUGCAGCCUCGGUGAGCAGAAGAGACUUUCAUUCACAUUAUAAAGUUUUGAACACUAGUGUAUGUCUGAACACUCCGUUCCUAAUGAAGCAGAUGUGCCUGUGAGCGAUUGUACAAAACCUCAAAGCUUCUUCACUUUUGCUUUUUUAGAAUUAAUUGAAAGCUUAAUUAGCACAAGGCAGAAGCAGCUGCUCAACCUUUCAGUCUCUUAUAAACACAGAGAUCAGAUCAGAGUCUGGGACUAAAGAUAGACCUGAGACCUGAGCUAAACCAGUUCAGAACCGCUGCUGCUCAAACUCUUGUCUUGUGUGGUUUAUUUUCUUUUUUUAAUGCUUCAGAUUGUCUGAGGGUGAAUGGAUCGGGUCUCUUUUCUUAUUUUAUUGUCUUCUGAAUAAAAAAGAUAUUUGUUACAUGA